CUUAUUAUUAACUAUUAAAUGUAAAUCAUACAACCCCAGAAUCAAACCCAGGACACUGAAGCAACGAAGCAGGAGACAGAAGUUUUGCAUCUAAUACUCAGACAAUUGCAUCUGUAUGUGAAAUACUUUUAAUACUAAGGACAUUUAACUCUCAACAAGCCAAACCCCCUACUUAAAAUGCUGCUCCCUAAAUUUUAGUACUUAAUUACCCUUUAUUUUCAUUGAAGCUUACAUGACCAGAUGUAGAGCAAGAUCUGAACUAUCAUUGUCGGAACUUCCGUUUGAACCAGAAAAUAACGAGUGCUUAUGUUUCUGUUGUCUAGAGAGAGAGAGAAAAAAAAAAAAAAACAACAUCACGGUUUCACAAAUGAAAGCUGUCCAGCCUCUGCGACUUGUGGUAAAGUAACUCAAACCUAUCCCUUAUUGCUGAGCGCUGAAACGGGCGACUUCCUGUGUGAAAACCCCUGACCAGAAGCGCACUAGCACAAUGAUGAUGCCACAGUUCGACUUGCAGCGCUGCAGCGCGGCUGGCAUGCAGGUGUACGGGGCGAUGGACUGCCCGGUGUAUCACGGGAGCAUCAGCAGGCAGACCUGCGAGGAGCUGCUCUCCAAGAAAGGCAAGGACGGAGCCUUCCUGAUCCGCGACAGCGAAACGAUUUCGGGGGCUCUGUGCCUCUGUGUCUUCAAGAAGAAAGUGGUCUACACAUACCGAAUCCUCACGAACCACGCUGGAUAUUACACCUUACAGGCGUCUCCAGGCGUGGAGGAGAAGUUCUUCAAGACGCUACAAGACCUGAUUAAAAACUAUAAAAGAAGUGGCCAAGGGCUGGCAGCUCGUCUUCAGCACCCUGUGAAGAGAAAGCAGCAGCAGCCCAUUUAUAAAAACGUUCUUUACGACACCCCUGAUUAUGAAGAUAUCCCUGACAAGGAUUAUGUGGAUGUUCUUCCUUCAUGAAACUGUUGUUACGGACACAGAAAAGAGGGAUGGUGACAGCCAACACCCUGAGAAAGCCUUGAGAACUGUCACUUAAAAAACCCCAAACUGAAGAAAGUUUUCACAACUUUUUUUUUUAAAAGAGAGGGAACCUGUAAUGCCUUCUUCUUUGAUGUUUUAGUCCUCAAUGUGAAAUUCACGGCCUGAAUUGUAGCAUUCUUAGAGAAAUACGUUUGAAAGGAGGAAAAUGAUUGAUAAAUGCUGAAAUGAACAGAUGUGGGAGAAUGAAUCUCAGACGUUAUAAGACUCAAUCGACAAAGUACGAACUGUCAGGAUAGAUUUGUCCCUCACACUGUUCAGAAGAUAGAGGCAAUAAAUUCAGAUCACUGACUCCAAUAAUAGUGAAGAAAUACAGUCAGCUGUAUGAUAAUGCCUAAUUAGCUUUAAAUAAUUCAUCUUUGUGGAUAAGUUUAGUGUUCAUUAACUACUCUCACAUUUGCUUACUACCAAAUACAAUAGAGACCGUCAAUACAAUACAACUCACUUGAUGAUAGAGAGCCAUGGAUCUGCCUAGUUAGUGGAAUAAACCUUAUGAAACAGAAGAACCUUCAUUAGGCACAGCAAUCUCCUGAACAUGGUAAAUACAUUGAGUAUAUAAAAAUGUUAAAUAUAUUUAAAAAUUUCAAGUAAUUUAUUUGAUAAAUACAGCGCAAGUACUGUGGCACAGUGGUCAUUAUUGCUGGUUUUAGUGCCUGACCUUUGCUGCUCGGAGUCUGUAUGUUCUCUCUGUGUUUAUGUGGUUCCGACUGGGUGCUCCACUUUCCUCCCACAGUCCGCAAACAUACUG